AUGAGCUCUAAUUUAGUCCGAUAUUUUAAGUAUCAUUUGAAUGAGCAUAGUGCAACGGCUUCAAGAAAUCUUUCAACUUGGACCGGAACUUGCUAUCUCACCCCAUUAAUCGGAGCGUUCGUGGCCGAUACUUAUAUUGGACGAUAUUGGACCAUCGCCACCUUCUCCAUCAUUUAUGCGUUUGGAAUGGGAAUGUUAACACUAUCGGCAUCCGUCCCGAGGCUAAAACCAACAUGUUACGAAAAAGAUGUUUGCACUGCAACAAAAGCUCAAAUUGCAUUAUGUUUCACGUCUCUUUACCUCGUGGCUCUUGGAACUGGGGGAAUUAAACCCUGUGUCUCGUCUUAUGGUGCGGAUCAGUUCGAUGAUCAUGAUGAGGUCGAGGAAAAACAAAAGAGUUCUUUUUUUAAUUGGUUUUAUUUUGUCAUAAACAUCGGUGCACUCGUGGCUCAUUCUGUUCUAGUUUGGAUUCAAGAUAAUGUGGGUUGGGGUUGGGGUUUUUCAAUUCCUACUAUUGCAAUGGGGAUUGCUGUGAUUUCGUUUUUUUCAGGUACUAAAUUGUACCGGAAUCAGUUACCGGGUGGUAGCCCGCUCACUCGGUUGUGCCAGGUGGCAGUUGCUUCUUUUAGAAAGAGAAAGAUCGAAGUGCCAUUAGAUAGUUCACUCUUAUACGAGUCUUCAGAAGAAGCCGGUUUUUCUAAUUCAGGAAGCCGCAAGAUUGAUCAUACGUUAGAUUUGGUUUUUUUCGAUAAGGCAGCUGUGGUUACACCAAACGGGUCAAUAAACCCAUGGAACCUUUGCUCUGUGACCCAAGUUGAGGAACUAAAAGCUGUGAUACGUUUACUUCCAAUAUGGGCCACCGGUAUCAUUUUCUCCACAGUUUACGCCCAAAUGAGUAACCUAUUUGUGUUACAAGGCUCCACUCUCGACCCACGGGUCGGCAUAUCCGGGUUCGAGAUCCCGCCCGCUUCACUCGGAGUAUUCGACACAAUCAGCGUAGUAUUCUGGGUCCCGGUUUAUGACCGAGUCAUCGUCCAAGUAGCCAGACAGGUCACGGGUCAACAAAACGGGUUGACCCAACUCCAACGGAUCGGGACCGGAUUAUUCAUUUCCAUUUUUCGCAUGGUUUGUGCUGGUGUUCUUGAAGUCGUUAGGCUACAGAUUGUAUCAAGAAACGAUUAUUAUGAACUGGAUCGGAUUCCUAUGUCGAUUUUUUGGCAGGUCCCACAGUAUUUUUUAAUUGGGUGUGCUGAAGUAUUUACAUUUAUUGGGCAAUUGGAGUUUUUUUAUGAUCAAGCUCCUGAUUCUAUGAGAAGUUUGUGUGCGGCUCUUCAAUUAACAAUUACUGCACUUGGGAGCUAUGUGAGUGCUUUGCUUGUGACAAUCGUGACGAUUAUUAGUACAUGGGGUGGUGGUGCGGGGUGGAUCACGGACAAUCUCAACUAUGGCCACCUUGAUUAUUUUUUCUGGCUUUUGGCUGGUUUAAGUUUGGUGAAUUUGGGAGCAUUUGUUGUGUUGGCGAGAAGGCACACGUAUAGAAAACCUGCUGCAGCUGGUCGGAAUUCUAACGCCUCCCAUCAUCGCCAACACCCUCCUCGUCGACCACUCUCACUGCUUCCAUGGCCCCAGCUUACCAUCCAUCGUCAACACCAUCCACAGUUACCACCAGCUCAUUCCCAUUGCACAUCGCCUUCCAAAAACCCUAAACUCUCCCCUCCCCACCAUACGCCACCACGGUCGCACACCUCUCUCUCCAGGAACCAUAAAACCCUUGGAUUUCAACUUCUUCGCCGUUGGCACCACAUACGCACCACCAAAAACCAAUCACAGAAAAGCCAUAUAACGAAUGUGGUUGAAACAAACAUUAAAGGGACUGAUAAUUUCCAGAAACGUUGCCACCACCAAUGA